AGGAACAAGAGCGACUGUUACGGGAUCAGCCUGACCAGCCCCAGAACCCAAAGGUUUUAAGAAUUGCCAUCAUUGGGGCACCCAACGCUGGGAAAUCCACGCUCUCUAAUCAGCUUUUGGGCAGAAAGGUGUUCCCUGUCUCUAAGAAGGUUCACACGACCCGGUGCAAGGCCCGGGGGGUCGUCACCUACGAGGACACACAGCUGAUCAUUCUGGACACACCUGGCCUCACUAGUCCCUUGAAAGCCAAAAGACACCACCUGGAGGAGGCCAUGCUGACAGACCCGUGGGAGAGCAUGAAACACGCAGACUUAGUGCUGGUGUUGGUGGAUGUGUCAGAUCACUGGACACGAAACUCUCUGAGCAAGGAGGUGCUGAAGGUUCUUUCUCAGUUUCCCCAGAUCCACAGUGUCCUGGUUCUGAACAAGGUGGAUCGGCUAAAGAAGAAAUACAUCCUGCUGGAGCUGGUCAGUGAGCUCACAGAGGGGAUUGUAGGUGGCAAGAAGCUGGAAGCAAGAUCUGCAUUUAAACACAAUUCCAGCUCUCCAGCAAAGGCUCCUCCUCAAACUCCUGAGGCUUUUCCACCUGUGAGCAGGACCCCCGAGUCUGGCGGCCUGCAGAAAGAGGAGCAAGAAGCCUCCAGCUUGGACAACAGCAGUGACAUGAGGGCUUCUGAGUCUGGCCUUCUCACAGAAGAAGCACAAGGGUCAAAGUAUGAUGGACCCAGAGAUCUAAAAAAUAUGAGAGGUUGGCCUGGCUUCCAGGAGAUCUUCAUGCUGGCAGCUCUUCAUGGGGAGGAGGUGGAUACACUGAAGCGGUACCUCCUGAUGCAGGCCAAGCCAGGCCCGUGGGAGUUCCACAGCGAGGUCUUGACCAGCCAGUCACCUCAAGAAAUCUGUGAUAACAUCAUCAGGGAGAAGAUCCUGGAAUACCUGCCUCUGGAAGUGCCCUAUGGUGUGACCCAGGUGACAGAGAUGUGGGAGGAAGGCCCAAGUGGGGAACUCCUCAUCGUGCAGAACCUCUUGGUCCCAAGGAAGUCACACAUGAUGAUGUUGAUUGGAAGAGGAGGGAAGGUUAUCAGCAGGAUUGCUCAGGAGGCUGGCCAGGACCUGAUGAACGUGUUCCUGUGCGAUGUCCGCCUGAAGCUCAAGGUGGAGAUGAAGAGUUGA